AGUCAUGGUAGCGCAAGGUUUGCAGAAACCUCCUUUUCAGUUGACUGUGGUAUGGCAUUGGGCAUAAUGGAGACCAAACCAGUGAUAACCUUUCUCAAAACCCUCCUCAUCGUUUACUCCUUCGUAUUUUGGAUCACAGGAGCGAUCCUCUUGGCAGUGGGAGUAUGGGGGAAGUUUAUGCUGGGCCCUUAUAUCUCUCUGAUAGCUGAGAACACCACCAAUGCUCCAUACGUCCUCAUCGGCACUGGGACUGUCAUCAUCGUCUUCGGCCUGUUCGGAUGCUUCGCCACCUGCAGGGGGAGCCCAUGGAUGCUCAAACUGUAUGCAAUGUUCUUGUCCCUGGUGUUCCUAGCUGAGUUGGUGGCUGGGAUCUCUGGCUUUGUUUUUCGUCAUGAGAUAAAGGGAACCUUCCUGAGGACGUAUACUGACGCGGUGUUGAACUAUGAUGCUGAGGAUGAGAAGAGCCUGGUUGUGGACAACGUCCAAAGCAGCCUGCGUUGCUGUGGGGUGUACAACUACACCAGCUGGUUGGGCAGUGUGUACUACCCUGCUAACGGCUUUCCCCUGAGCUGCUGCUCCAACUCCUCUGACUGCAGCCCACAGGACCUCCGCAACACCACCAUAAACCACACCAAAAUCAACCAGCAGGGCUGUUAUGAACUGGUCACCUCCUUCCUCGAGAUCAACAUGGCCAUCAUUGCAGGAGUGACUUUUGGCAUCGCCUUCUCACAGUUGAUUGGCAUGUUGCUGGCAUGUUGUCUGUCCAAGAUCAUUACAGCUAAUCAGUAUGAGAUGGUGUAGCUGGGAGAGCAGGGAGAUGAAGAGGAGAGGGUGAACAGCAUCUUGGUAGACUGGGACAGAAGAUCCCCACAACACUAGCACAUUGCAUCACUAACCCCCCUCCCCCCUCUCUCGCUUUCUCCCCCCCCUCUCCCUCCCUCUCUCGCUCUCUCUCUCUCUCUCUCACGUUCUCUCUCCCCCCCCUCUCUCUCACGUUCUCUCCCCCCCCCCCCCCUCUCUCUCACUUUCUCUCCCCCCCUCUCUCUCUCACUUUCUCUCCCCCCUCCCCUCCCCCGCUCCUCGCUUUCUCCCCCCCCCCCUCUCCCCUCUCCUCUCUCUCUCUCUCUCUCGUUCUCUCCCCUCCCCCCCUCUCUCUCUCACUUUCUCUCCACCCUCUCUCUUUCUCACAUUCUCUCCCCUCUCCCCCCCCUCUCUCUCUCUCUCUCUCCCCCUCUCUCUCGCUCUCUCUCUCUCCCCCUCUCUCUCGCUCUCUCUCACUUUCUCUCCCCUCUCUCCCCUCUCCCCCUCUCUCUCUCUUACUUUCUCCCCCCCCUCUCUCAUUAUUGUAACUUAUUGUAAAGAAACACCAUUCCUUAAUGCUACUGUGCCAUGAGCUUCUCUCAGUACCUUAAACUCCUCCACUGAAUGACUCUGCUGGUAAAAGUUGCAAGUAAGCACUGAUCUACGAUCAGCUUACCCUCCCCAACACAAGAUUGACCUUGGACCAGCAUCUAGGGGCAACGUCCUCCUACUUCAUAUGAGCUUAGUAGUCUCUGACACUGUGGAGAAGUUUCCCUGAGGCACAGGUCUAGGAUCAGCUCACCCCACCCUUGAUGCUAACUUUAACCAUUAAGAUAAUGAAUGAAUAUCUGACCCUGCAUUAGUGCUAAGGGGCAACGUCAUCCUUCUCCUUAGCAGUCUUUGACCCCUGUGUCUCCCUGUCCUCUCACAGUUCCCCCUUGUGGUCUGGCAUGCUCCAUAUAGGCCCUAGCAUCUCCAAAGCGAUGCACAUAUUUGAAUAGACAUUACAUUAUUAACCCACAUAAAUAUAUACAGUAGCCGACAUACACUGUAUUUUCAUGAUGUUCCUAAUCACUGUAAAUACCUAAACUUCAGACAUUUAGAGAAGAUAUGUUGAUGAAACAUUGAGAGAGCAUUUAGAGCUAACUUUAGCCUUUCAUUUGCAUCUUUGCUUUUUUGCUGCUACAUGGAUGAUAUCUGACUAUUGUGUCCAUAUCUAUGGCAUUAGAUAACAAUGAACUGUGCAAUUGAUUUGGUCUGUGGAUGUGUAAAUGUGGCUUACUCUGGCUGGUGGGAGAAGCUAUAGGAGGACUGGCUCAUUGUAAUGGCUGGAGUGGAGUUAAACGUGGUUUCAUAUGUUUGAUACGUUCCAUUUAUUCCAUUCCUAUAGCUCCUCCCACUUACCUCCUCUGUCUUACGCGCUCCUUGGUUAUUUAUCAUUUAUUAUAAUAACACAUCAUGAUGUGUGUGUGCCGAAUUUGGUCUGGAACACUGUGCUGUUUGGAUUUAUUUGUAUGUUCUUGUAAUAUUUGUGUGUUUUAGUUUUGUCUGAUUCUGAUAAAUAGUAUUAUUUAUUGAUGUUAUAUGUUUUUGUGCCACAUUUUGAGAUAUAGACCUAUGUUUACAUUUAGCUUAAUUUAUGUAUUGUUGACAUUUCAUUUUUUGUAUGUCUGCCUUACGAUUGUGCAUCUUUGUGCACGUUUGUGUGUGAGUGAGUGAGAAAGAGUAGAGGUGGAAUCCCGACAUAAGUGUUCAACCGGGAAUAGGGUAUCAUUUGAGAUACAGUCAAUGCUCAUAUAGAUGUACGGCUCAGGUCAAUGACAUGAUUUCAACGCUCCGACCGGGGCCUCUUAUGGUGUUGUGUAUGUAUGUAUGUCCAUGUCUUAGAGUCAUGACAGAGGCAGCUGGGACCUCUGUGCUAUAGACGGGUUCGCUGACAACGUCAUGAAAACAUUGCGUGUGGUUCAAAGGGGCAGAAGCUGUGUGUUGUUAUGCUUCUGGAUGGCCAGAUAGCUAGCAAAACUGACGUGUGGGGAAUCGUAAGUGGCUCGUUUGCUCUUGUACUUGUCUUGUUGUGAGGUGUUUUGACUUAUGCCACGUCAAAUCUAUGCUAUUAUGGCAAAGAUUUGCGAGCUAGCUAGCUAACCAACAACUGUAACAAUGUAUUUGAGUGCUCAUUGUGCAAUUUCAUUUAUUCGGUAAACAUUGGAGACGAAAUAUAGUUUACCUGUUAUCAACAAUCCAAGCCAACCCUGUAUGUUUUGCCCCAUUAGUUGUACAUGGUUCGGUUUUGUUGCUAAACAACCAACCCGUCUAUACAAGGGAUCUCAGCCCUGGUUCUGGGUCUCCCAUGUAUGCUGUUUUCACUAAUGACUCAGAUUUACAAUACUUGGUUAUUAAAAUCUCAACUAUUUUGCAUGAAAUCUUUUUAUGGAAGGGAUUACUGGUAUGUACAUAGAAAUUGCAUGGUAAAAUGGUAAUUAUACAAUAAUACCUAUGAAUAAUUUAUUUGUUUCGUUGAUACUAAAUUAGAGCACCAUUCCAUAUACCAGGUAAACAACCGGUAGCUGAACCUUUAAACAAAAUGCUACCAAGAACUCCCAGUGUAUUGAAAUUCAUUUCCUUCCCUAAAAUGGAUGGAUUAUGUGAAAUCCCGUGAACAGGUUGGGUCCCCAGUUUCUCCACCUCCAGCAGAGUAGAAAGCCAGUUUACUGUUAUUAAGUAGACCACUAAAUCCUACCAAACUAACAAAACAAAUGUGUAAAAGUGACCAGUCAAUAAAUAUUGCAAUCCAAAGUUGCAGCGUUAACGAAAAGCUAAAACAUUGUUUUUGUAGCCAACCUUUUUAAACAACUCAGCACCAGCUAUUAUAGCAUCCCAACAGAGGCAUCAUGCAUAUCCUGUUUAAAAAAAGAUGUAUCAAUUUUUUGGUAAAACAUUUUGUUGUUGUUUGUUGUUGGCUUUACCUAGCCCAGAUAAGUUCCCAACCUCAUAACUAGCUACCAAGAAGUCGUUUCAGGCUAUCAAUCAAGUUAGAGUAGCUAGCUUGUCUAACUAUCUUAGUUGGCAUGCAUGCUGAAAAGGCUGGUAGAUUUUAGAAAAGCAAGCAAUUACUAAAUGUACUGAAUAAGACUCACAUUCCUUUCCAUCUUUUACUCAGAUUUUUGCAGAGAUGCAGAGAAUAACAUUUGUUAUUUAAAACAAAAAGACACCAGUCAUGAUUAUACAGACAGCUCAAGAGGUUUGCUUAGAUAUUUUGAAAAAUACAAAUAUUUUUGACAAAAUGAUUAUGGCUCUAGAUUGCAGGAAAAAGCUGUUUUCAGGUGGUUGAAAAAUGCAAAAUGAUCCAUCUUCCCAUCACUCCAGACCACCCCUCCCAGCCAUCCUUAUGUCAUUUGUGCCCACUCUGGUUUUUGGGGUGCAUGACACCCCUGCAUGCCAAUACAGUGUGUUCAGUUGUUGAUAUUGUAACCAUCAGUGACCACUGUAUUAAUAAAUGAUCGUCAUAACUUUACUGCUGAA